AACCCUAAUCUUAACCAGGAAAAGCUCAGCUGUUAGACUCUAUUGGCGCCCCCUGGAGCUUCAGGGUAGAGGCUCCGGGCUACAGAGAUAUAAAAAAGAAAACGUUCAGAGAUCACGGAGUGUUAUCUACCCUGUCUUUUGUUCAACUAAUAAAUUGGCGUGGUCAGUGCUUUUUAUAAGGGCAGGCGAAAAGGAGAAACGAAACCGAAAACAUCUUAUCACGUUUUACUAACAAAACUGACACGUCGGCCUGGAAUGCACCGGCUGUCGCAUAAAUUCUCCGACAUUCGCGGUACACUGGCAGAGCAUCUCCGUACGACGGGACUGAUCAUUUAACCGAAGAAAGAACCUGAGGAAGUCGCAGCUUUACAGUCGUCGAUUUAUGUCGGAAUACGCGAUGUCUUACAAUAAUUCUGAAGAACCUAAGCCUGGAGAUCUAAUUGAAAUCUUGCGUACUGGUUAUAGACACUGGGCUUUGUAUUUGGGAAAAGGUUAUGUUGUCCAUCUAGCACCUCCAUGUGAAACUGGUGGUGCCACAGCAUCCAGCAUUGUGUCCGUGUACUGUGAAAAGGCGAUGAUUAAGAAAGAACGUCUCUGUGAUGUGGUGGGAAAUAGCCAGUACCGUAUUAACAACAAGUAUGAUAAAAAGUACGAUCCUCUUCCUGUUAACAUGAUUCUGAAGAAUGCAAAAGAAGCUAUAGGUAAAGAGGUCCCGUAUGACCUGAUGAGUCAAAACUGUGAGCAUUUUGUCACAGGCCUGCGAUAUAACAUCGAAAAGAGUGAACAGGUUGACUUUGCCAAGGAAGCAGUGGGAACUGCAGCAGGAGUUCUUGGCGUUAUUGGAAUUGCUGGAGCUAUUGCAUACAUGUUUUUGAAAAAUAAACGACAUGAAGAGAAGUAGCUCAUCUUGAAAAGAUGCAUUGCUUCAUUGUAAUAUGGUUGAUAAGCUAAUGUGCCUUUGGUAUUGCAAUAUAUUUAACAAGGCUACAACAAAGUAAAAACUAUUUGUAGUGGUGCAAUAUUGACAUUUUCUUUAAAUUGUGUGGUUAUAUAGCUUGUUUUUAAAUGUAGUAAAAGUAAAUUAUGCUUAACCACAGGCACACAUUUAAUAUUGAUAUUAGAUAUUAAUAUUUGUAUUGAAACUUCAAGAUGUUUAUUUUUAUGUACAUAAGUUAAAACUCCAUUGUUUCAGAUACUUACUUUUAUCUGACAUAUAUUGUAUAGUACUGCUUUUGAAUUAUUAGCUGUGUCUCUGGAAAUCAUUCUUUGGAAUGUGUUAAAACAUCAUAUAUUUGUUAAACAGAAUAAAGGAUUCACGUGUGUCUUUACAUAAAGCAUUACUACCUUUUCAAAAACAGACUUUUGUUUGUGCAAAAAUAGUCACAUUUUUAUUAGCAAGUAGUAUAUCAAAGAUUCAUCAAUAUUUCAUAACAAGUAACAAGUUAGGGUUUGGUCCUAAUUUCCAAAUGAAACUAUGGGGUUGUAAUGUUUUAUACUAAUGCAACGUUUGCUACAUUUAUAGCUUAUUUUCAAAUUAACUCAGUGACAGUUGAUAUGAAUACAAUCUGACUUUUUACUUGUAACAGUUAACAGCUAUUAAAAGUUUUAUUUGUACAGCUU